AUGACGACAGCAUGCCAGUUUCUCGUAAUCAAUUCCGGUAUCACUCCCAUCUACGUUCUUACACUUGCCCACAUAAAUUUCAAUACGCGGUCUUUGCGUAUAAAUAGCUUGGAGCCGUAUCGAUACCGCUUGUCCUUCAUAAACAUUCGAGUGGCGUUGCGCUUCGACGUGGCAGGAAGCACGCCUUCAUCAAACGAAAAGAUGGCUGGUAGGGUCCACCGUGCCAAGAAGCGUUCUUGGAUCUUGUCCACGUCAGGACGCAGUUUUCAUUGCGUAUUGCGGCCGUGCUCAGCAGUGUUGUCCACGAAGUGA